UCUGGAGUAGCGAGGGCCUCUCUAGCUGGGUCUGAGCCUCGCCAGCCCCUCCCCCAGGAGACUGUUGCAAUCGGCCAGCCGCUGCUCCACUGUAACCAUGUGCGACCAAAAGGCGGUGAUCAAAAAUGCCGAUAUGUCGGAGGUGAUGCAACAGGACUCCGUGAAAUGUGCUACUCAGGCGUUGGAGAAAUAUAACAUAGAAAAGGACAUUGCGGCCCACAUUAAGGAGUUUGACAAGAAGUACAACCCCACCUGGCACUGCAUCAUGGGGAGGAACUUCGGUAGUUACGUGACACAUGAAACCAAACACUUCAUCUACUUCUACCUGGGCCAGGUGGCCAUUCUUCUGUUCAAAUCGGGUUAAAAGCAUGGACUGUACUACACACCCAGUGAUCCAUCCAAAAAUAAGGAUUGCAGCCUAAAUUCCAAAUACCAGAGACUGAAAUCUACAGCCUUGCCUAAAGGAACACCUUGAUCUUGAACCUUUAUUGUGUUGUUUUGUACAGGGUAUUCGCUGUACUCAUUUGUUGUGGUUAUAAAACAAUUAGCAAAGCA